UUUUAAUUUAAUUUUUUCUUUUAGCACCAGGAUACAACGAAAGCCCAAUUCAAACGAAGCCGACGCUCGUGAGAUCAGCAUCAAAGAAAGGUCGUGCAUUGAAGUCCAUUGAUUUCUCUGACGCUGCAUCUUCAAGUCCCAGAGUUCCCACGAGUCCCACCAUGAUUUCACCUGUUCCGCCCAGAGAGGUAAGUGGUCCAUGUGCGGAGCACGCCAAGAAUAGCUGACAGGGUUCGUACGGGUCCUGGAAAGUCAUGAAAUUUCAAUAUUCCAAAAUCCAGGCCUGGAAAUCCUGGAAAAUCAAUUUUAGUCAUGGAAAGUCAUGGAAAAUUGAAAUUUUACAAAACAUUAACAAAGUAUUUUACUUAUUUCAAUUUACCAGUCACGACAAUAAUAUGAAUUGUUGUUAUAUAACGGAUUUUUUGCAAGAGCGAAGUGAAUUUUGUUCUUUUAUUAUAACUGUUAUCGUUAAAAUAUUAACGAAUUCCAGACUUCCAGGUCAUGGAUUUUGAAAAAAAUGGUGAUGGGAAGUCAUGGAAUUUUAAAUGGGAGAAGGUGUACGAACCCUGAGCUGAUAAAUGUCCGUAUAUCUUGUCUCGCAAAAACCAAUUAGAAAAUUGGUUCAUAUUACCAACUAUUGACUUAAAUUUUUAGCAACAUUACGAUGGUCAUCAACACAAGACGUCAGGAGGGCGAAAUCUUUCACCACUUUCGUCCGACGCUGAAGACAGUCCAGGGAGAUAUCAUAAGCCAGUGGCUGGUAAUAGAACGUGGUCAGCAGGGUAGGUGUUGCCGUGUUUUGUUGUAAAUCGUAUAUUUAUAGAGCUAAAUAUGGAGAGCGUUUGUAGCAAUUAUGAAAACUUUUACAAGGUGAUAUGUUCACUGCAGAGUGGUCAGUGCGUAUGCCUAAUGUCAAUUCUGUGUCCGGUGUCGGAAUUCAGCAAUAUGCAUGCAUUGCAUGAUUAUAAUUUUGCCACAAUCGCACGUGAAAAGAGUGUUUCCUGUUUGACAUUGUCGAACACCGCAGGUUUCCUCAGGCUAUACAAACGCGAAAAUCUCAACAAGGUUGGUACAAGUUGUUAACAACUUAUUCCAAACUUGUUGACAACUUGGGACGAGCAGUGCGAACACAACUUGUUGACGGCUUGUUGGCAGACUGCUACAAGAUGAGAGCUUUUUGCGCGUGUAACUGGACCUCUAGAGAUCUAGAGUACACACGUAAAAACGCACAAGUUUGUUACAUGUCUGUUCACAAGCUGUUAACAAGAUGUAUUCGCAUUGCUUGUCACAAUUUGUCAACAGGUUUGGAACAACUUGUUGACAACUUGUAACAACCUUGUCGAAAUUAUCAGACUUGUUGCAAGGUUGUUCUGACAAGUCUGUGACAUGCUUGAUAUAACAAGAUUGUUACAACCUUGUGUUGACAACCUUGUAAAAUCCUUGUUAUACCAUAGCUGUAACAAACUUGUUAGCACAAUCUUAACAAGGCUGAUAAUGCCAUCAAGCUUGUUACAAGUUGUUAACAGCUUGUUUCAAACUUGUUCCAACAAACUGGGAACAAGCAGUGCGAACACAACUUGUUGACAGCUUGUGAACAGACUUGUAACAACUUGUUUGCAAACUUGUCCAGGCCUUAAAAUAUCUUUUCCAGGGCCGUCUGACAAAAUGUCCGGUGACGUUGAGUUUGGAUCAGACAUAUGUCCGAUGACCUUCAGUUCAGUUUUGACUCGGAAAUAAGUCUGAAUGACACAAAUGAAUAAACGGUAAAUGUUGUAAAGAUAUUAAAGAAUUUCUUUAUUUCCAAGCCAAAAUUAACUUGUUUUCCAGAACAGCAGUAUCAAAAAGACUUCGACAACUUAAGCCCGUUUUCCACUUUAUCAUUUCGCUCGCCGCCCCGCGCUCGACUACGUUAAAAAAACAUUUCCAGUUGACCUUUUGUACAAUAGUACUGUGAUUUUCCAUUUAACAUACAAGCCUCUAGUCUUGGGCUAGGGUACGUUUUGAUUUAUACGUCUGACAAAGCUACAGUUCGGUCGGACACCAAUACACUUGGGUCGGACAAACAAUAAACCUCAGUUUCACUUUGGUCGGACAGAAUGUCCGGUGGUUUCCUUUCUACGUCGGACAAUUUCACGGAUGGGUUGGACAAUGUCCGUGACCGACCGAUAUUUUAAGGCCUGAGUGACUUGUUACAACUUGUGCGUUUUUACGUGUGUACCCGAUAGACGCUACUCAGUGCUAACGGCAGUUUUGCCUCGUAUUUCCACAUUAUAGUUCACGAAAGUAUGACGAAGAGUCGUUGCCGUUUGACACGAAACCACGCAUUGCUCGAACUCCGGUACACUUGAGACGCCGAUCCUCUUCAGAUGCGACCGCCGCUACAGACUCACCACGUGAUGCACAUGAUAUCAACAUGCACGUUGCACGUGACAAGAACGUAGUGUCACAUGACAAACACGUGAUAUCACGUAAGUCUGUUGCUAAGCAAAAUGAGGCUGUCGAAGCCGAAAUUAAAAAGAGAAAAGAUAUGGAAAUUAUUGGACAUGCUUUCGACUCUCCUGAAAAGAAGGCGAUGCACUCCACGCUCGGGAGUACAUCUGGUAUUGGUAGCAGUCUUGAAGAAUCUGGGGAAUUGAAAGCUGGAUUCGAUCGCCUUUUGAUUGAUGGAAAAGAGGACGCGACUCUGGUCGAAGAUGUUGAUGACUACGAGCUCGAGUACGAGGACGAUACUGACUCCGAAGAUGAUCCGAGUAGUUCCGACGAUCGACGUUUGAAGAAUGGCAAAUUAUUAAAAGACUACGAGAAACUUGUGGUGGAUACGUUGGAUCACGAUGAUACAUAUAGUGAUACGAUGGAUGAUGAUGGUAGUGAUGGAGAAAGUUUGGAGGAUAGUGAGGGAUAUGAAGAGUCUGAUGAAGAUGAUGGUAAGGAACUAUUCUUGUUUUAGAAAAAAAUAUUUGGUGUGCUACCAACCAUAUAGAGAUUAUUUCAGGGAUGUGGAGCUCUGCCAUCGGAUCAUUUUGAUGAUCGAUUAAUCGUUAUUAACCAUCGAUUAGUAUCGAUUGAUCGUACUGAUUAAUUAAUUUAAAUUUGAGUUGUGUCUCCCUUGUUGUCUCUCAACAAUUCAGUCAGUAUUUACGUUUGGAAUUUUUAGUCAAUUUGGGACACUUGAUUUUCAAAAUUUUCUGAGAGAACAUGUAACCCCCUGUCGUGUACGAUUCGUUUUCUGGCAUAUGUCAUUGAGUAAACACGCUUAAGCUGGCUACAUUUAAAAUGUCUUUUUAAAGAAACGGCAUUGAACUAUAGCGCCAGCACUCAUUUUAAUACGCCAGAAUACGAAUCGUACACGAUUAAUCGCAGCGUGUAAACGUAGCUUUAUAUUCUUAAAAGUACUAUUAAAGAUUCUCAGUGCACUGAAAUUAAUUCUUUUCUGUUAAAACAUAGCAUGACAUUGAGUCCGACAACUUGUUAGUGCCACACGAUUACAGUGUGCGAGUACUUGAUUUGCUUGAUUAUUUGCAGAAAUUUUUCAAUUUUUCUCUUGUGCUUACAGAAAGUAAAAUAUUUUUUCCAACCCUGCGGUUUUGUUUUGUUUAGAUCGUAAGUACCUUAAACGAUCCUCAUCGCCGGAGGAAUACGACAAUUCCCGAAGUGAGCGACAAAGUUUGUCGAAGUCGACGCGAGAACGCAUGGAGCGCAAGAGAAUCGAAGAGGAGCAACGAAUCAUGCGGGAACGACAGAGAAUCGAGGAACUGGAGAGACAGAACAGUUUGAAACAUGAAUCAAAGGAGCAGAUCUUCCGAGAAAAGUUAGCCAAAGAACAACAAGACAUCGAGAACUUGAUUAAACGCAAAGAGAAGGAGAGAGAGAAGGAGAGGCUGAAGCAAGAGAGAUUAUCGCAGCAGCUGAAGAAACGAGAGGAGACGGCACAGGAGGAGUUUUGGAAAAGUAAGAAUGAGCUGGAAGAGUUGGAGACCGUCAAGGAGGUGCAGAGACAGAGAGACAGAGCGGAGACCUUGAGGAAAAUACAGCAGAAGAAGGAAGUAAACGAAGUCAACACUGAACAUAUGGAAGGUAAUACAUUUUAUAUAAUAACUACAGUGAAACACGCAAUGGACCUAUUCCCUAAUGAACAAAAUUUUAAUCUAGACAGGUCUAGACAAAUAUUUCAUCACAGCUUGAAAGAGCAUCACAAAAUUAGUAAUAUUCCAAAGUUUCGUUGCGAAAUGUUGUUAAAUGCGGAUAAUGUACCCUUGCGAAGUUUGCCGCUUUUCAGUCAUUUUGUAUUACGCGCGGGAAAUUGAUACCUUUUUUCAGAAAGCGGUACCAAUUUCCCGUGCGUAAUAGAAAAUGACUGAAAAACGGCAAACUUCGCAGGGCUAUAUUAUCCGCAUUUUACAACAUUUCGCAACGAAACUUUGGAAUAUUACUAAUUUUGUGAUGCUCUUUCAAGCUGUGAUGAAAUUUUUGUCUAGACUUGUCUAGAUCAAAAUUUUGUUCAAUAGGGAAUACCAUUUGAUUGGUUUUGCAAUAGCCGUGCAGGAUCAGGCUAUCCUGCACGAGGAAUUAAAUGUCUUCGCGGGAUUUUCAAAAUGUCAUUGUUUCACUGUAGUUAUUUUAUAAAACAAUUACCAAAUGGUUUUUGCAAGCAGGAUAGCGUGAUCCAUGCACUUGGGAUGUUGCUCGACUUUCGGAAAGCGUAAAAAUACACCCGCCUGCGGCUCGAGUAUUUUUACGCUUUCCGAAAGUCUCGCGACAUCCCUCGUGCAUGGAUCACGCAAUCCUGCACGGAAAACCAUUCGAUAUUCCUUUAUUGUUUAUUUGUUUUAUAUUUGAGGCCGAUCAUACUCUGUCAUUUACAGUAAGAUUUGGACCCAAAUAUGGUGCAUUUUCCCGCGCGUAAUACAAAUUAAUGCAGAAUUUGCAAAUUUCGCAGGGCUAUAUUUUCCGCAUUAUAGUUACAACAUUUCGCGGCCAAACUUUGCAAUUUUACAAUUUUAACAUGCUCUUUCUAGCUGUGGUGAUGGAUUUUGUUCUUCUUACCUAUAGAUCAAAAUUUAGUGGUAAUAUUAAUAUUACAUAUUAAUGGUAAUAUUAAAAUGUCAUUUUUACAUGUUCUCUUUUAGAUUUAUCUGUGCAAGGUUACCAUGCGCCUUCUGUAUCGAGUACUGCGGUAAACAAAUAUGCGCCCGCAGUGCCAAGUACAGCGGUAAAUAAACCCGCGCCAUCAGCACCCGGAACAGUGGUAAACAAACCUCCUGUAUCAUCGCCCAAGAAGAAAUCUGCAAAUGCUAGUCAGUAAGUAACAGCCAGCGAGCCUUAUAUUGAGAAAAGUUAAUCUUUCCAUAAUAGUUCAGAUAAAGCACUAAACAUUCUUUUUAAGUUUGUUUGCCGCUUGAAAAACGUAUCAAAAAUUUGAAUAUAGUCAUAAUCAAAUGGAAUAGUAUACGCAUUAGUUUUGAGCACAUGUUACGUAACAUACAAAAGAUUCCCCUCUUAAUCAUAUAGUUUCGGUUAAUUGGAUUCCUUUUCGGCCUUUCGGGUACUCUGGAGUUCUCGUGUAGUAACAGUGUACCAUUGUAAAUUAUUCUUGGUGGGCUUCUAGAAAGAACAGUUUAUAACAGAGUUAUCCUGCGGUCUCGAUAACAAUUGUUUAGUUAAUUUUUCCUGCUGAAUAUAAAUAUAAUUUAAAUUCAGACGAAUUAGGGAUUGGCCUUAUUAGAUCUCUAGGAAGAACAGUUUAGAACUGAUAGAGCUAUGCAGUAGAAAUAAAGUUAGUUUAGUUUAGGUUUCCUCUUCUAGUAACACUGUUACACUGGAUCAAUAAGAGAUUAUCCUUAAUCAAUGGACACUCUCGGAAGAACAGCUUAGAACUGAUAUAGUCGUGCAGUAUAAUUAAAGUUAUAGUUUAGUUUAGUUUAGGUUUCCUCCUGUAGUAACACUGGAUCGGUAAGAGAUGAUCUUUAUUGCACCUCUAGGAAGAACAGUUUGGAACUGAUAUACUGUAGAGCUAUCCAGUAUAAUUAAAGUUAGUUUAGUUCAGGUUUCCUCCUGCAGUAACACUGGAUCAAUAAGAGAUGAUCCUUAAUCAAUGGACCCUCUCGGAAGAACAGCUUAGAACUGAUAUAGCUAUGCAGUAUUGCAGUAUAAUUAAAGUUAGUUUAGGUUAGGUUUCCUCUUCUAGUAACGCUGGAUCAAUAAGAGAUUAUCCUUAUUGGACCUCCAGGAAGAACAGUUUGGAACUGAUAUAGACCUAUCCAGUAUAAAUAAAGUUCGUUUAGAAUUGUACAUUGAACCGCUUAAUUAGUCCAGUUUCGUUAUUUCUUCAUGAUAUUAAUAUAGUUAAUGUUCAUUUAGGAGUAGCCGUCACCAAGCACAAGAAACAUCUACAGCCAACGAGUCUUCCAAACAGUCUCACGCAGCUCCAGUGUCCAUCAAUCCCUCCGUUCCAAUCUGGGAGGUUACUGAAAGUGAGCUCAAACCGUUUUCCAAUGGUGAUGCAGCUAUUAAAACGGCGUUGAAACUUCUAGAGGAUGCUGAAUGGUUAGUCCAUGUUUUAUACUUUUAUAUAUAAAUUUAGCGCAAUAAAUUGCAACGCCAGACGAUUUUAAAUGUGACAGAGAGACGUACGAGCCUUGGACCGGCCUGGGUAAAGCUAAAGUCCAUACAUUUAUUUCACAUCGAGACUGCCUUUUGUUUGCCAAAACCAUAAAAGUAUUUCCAUGUACACUUGUCAAGUUUUCCUUGCCGGCCGUAAACAAGAACAAAUUUUCCUUGUCCAAAAGCUGGCAUGACUAGCUUUGGAACCAAGCUCCUUGGCAACAAAAAAUUGUCGAUUUUUUGCCUUAUACCAGCGGCCGGUUGUACGAAGGCCGGAUAGCGCUAUCCACUGGAUAGUGAUUUUUUCAAGCUUUGUUAAAUCAGUCGUUGAUUGGUAUAGCUCGUAUUAAAGUUUAGUAUUUUGUAAGUUGAAUGUUUUGUAUACUUCUUGUGUCGUCUAUAUCCGUAGUUUCAAAGUUUUUCAAGCAUUUUACAAAGGUUGAAAAAAUCAUUAUCCGGUGGAUAGCGCUAUCCGACCUUCGUACAACCGGCCCCUGUAAAUAAAACUUGUCAAGGAAAAAUUGCCCGAUUGUAUCGGGCUUUAUAUGGUAAGGCCGAGGUAAUUCAGGUAACGUUUACAUUGUUUAUUUUGCCACUAUGUAUUACAUCAAACUGGCUCAAUACAUACAAGACUCGGCUUAGGACAGGCAGAGGCCAACGUUUGCAGUGGGACCACAUUUUUUGGCCUAGGUCAGGUCCAGGCCAGACCAAAGUUUGUUUACACUAUCAAAGCAAGGAUCCGGCCAGGUCAACGUUCGCAAUGUAAACAGAUCUUGUGAAGCACAGUUCAAAUAAAAGACAUAUGUACUCAUAUAAUUUUUUCAUCGUUAAACACUGCAGGGAGUCAAAAUGCCAAGGAUUACUGUGUGUUCGACGUCUGAUUCGCCAUCAUGCUGGCGAUGCAGUUCAACAACUUCAUGUUCUUAUACUGGCUGUAGUCGCAGAGGU